AUGAGACAAAGAUCCAACGCCAAAGAUCAUGUUCCUUUAUCUUCUGAAACAAAACAUACCAACAAUGAUGACACUAAUGGCUUAUAUCGAAAACGUCUUCGUUCAUGGAAGCGGCCAUCAACUCGAUUUAAAUCCAAUCAUGUACCUGUUACAUCUUCAAUUAUUAAUAAUGACGUCAGACCUCCUUACAGAUCGACUAUUUAUACUUAUCCAAUCAAACCGACUGAUGAUCAUUCGAAUAUUUUAUCACGUACAGUACUGUCGGAAAGUUUAACGACUGAAAGUGCUUUCUAUUGUCCAUCGAUAUCAUACAGUUCUAUUCAAACAACUGGUGAUCUAAACAAUAAUCAUGUAACAACAUUAAAUAUAGAAAAGAAAAAAAGAAAAUAUAAUACAUUAUCAUGUGAGAGUCUCUCAAGUCAAUUUUCACAAAUUAAAACAUUCGACAUAUUACCCGAUCCAAAUAAUGAAAAACAUAUUAAUACUAACCAAUCAUCUAUCAAUAAUCUACAAUUAACACACUAUCAGAGACCAGCAAAACGAGCACGAUUGUCGAUUGAUGAUUCUAUCAUUUCAAAUCAUCGUUCGUUAAAUUCACCAAUAUUUAUCGAUGAUGAUACUAUUGAUAUCAAUCAAUUAGAUCAACAAGAAUCAUUAUCGUUAUCCGUCAAUAAUGAUAUGUUAAUAAAUAACUCAAAUUCAAUGGAAACUGCUGUUCAAAUGGUUCAACCAAUUGUUGAUAUUAUUUUCAAUGCAUUUGAAGAUCAAUUAAAAAAUGUUCAAACAAAAACUAUUGAAUCAUCUCUUUCGAAUUAUUCAUCACUAUCUUCAUUAAGAAAAUUCUCACUACAUCAGCUUGAUCCUUCCAUCAUGAUUCCACAUAUUCCAUUAAAAUUAUCUAAUCGUCCUAUCAUCUUACAUGCAAUUAAUUUUAAUAUUCAAUUAACAACAAAACAAACAACAAUAAAUCAGCAACGUUCCAUCGAACAAUGUACAACAAAUACGAUAUUAAAUGAAAGUCAUGAUUUAAAAAUGAUUUCAUUAACUGAACUGAAAAAAAAACUAAUAUCAUAUAUUCUAUCAAAUGAUUUAAUAACUAACCAUAGACCAAAGGAUAAUUGUCAGAAAAAAAGACAUAAACUAAAACGAAUCGUUCAAUUAGCUGCUUUUGGUGUUAGUGUAUUAUGUGGUUACUUGCUCUUGUAA